AUGUCCAAGUCUAUCAUUGCCUUCUUCGGUGCCUCCAAUGGCUGCGGCAACUUUGCCCUCAAGGAAGCCCUCAACGCCGGCCACACCUGCAUUGCUCUGCUCCGCACCCCUGCCAAACUGGCUGAUCUUGCCAGUGCCUACCCCAAUCUGAUCAUCAAGGAGGGAAAUGCCCAUGACGCUGCAGCUGUGGCUGCCUGUCUGACCAUCCCUGGCGACAACGCGCGCUUUGUCGAUGCUGUGCACUUCUCCAUUGGGGCCUUCAUGGACCCCAAGACCUUCAAGUUUGCCGACCCAGACGUCUGCAAGAAGGGCAUCUCGGCAAUCCUCGAGGCCCUGACCACUCUACGCAUGAACCAUGGCACAAUCGGCAGCCCCCUGCUGGCCGUGGUGAGCACUACCGGCAUCACCGAGAAGAAGCGCGACUUCCCGCUUGCCUUCUACCCCCUCUACCACUGGAUGUUGGCGACUCCUCACGCCGACAAGAAGGUCAUGGAGGAGAGGCUUCGGGGCAGCUGCGAGAGAUACGUGCUCGUCCGCCCCAGUUUGCUGAUUGACAAUGACAAGGAGGAUGCUAAGAUCAGGGAGGGGCUCCAGGAUGUGGGCACCGGGGUCGUGGAGAAGGAGGAGGUGGGAUAUGUCAUCUCGAGAGGCGCUGUUGGUCGCUGGAUGUACAGGAACUUGCUGAGCGUGGAGGAGAGCGCUGUUCGCAAGUGGGAGGGCAAGGCUGUUUCUAUCACUUGGUGA